AUGUCACUAGAAUUCGUGUACAGUGAAAAAAGAAAAAGAAAAUUAAUUGACUCAGGUCACUUGUUCGUAAAAGAUGCGGCUACAGAAGAAAAAACUUUCUGGAAAUGUGAUCAAUAUCAAAAUCUUGUAUGUCGGGCACGGUGGCACAGAGCCUUUAGUGAGCUAAUUGGAGCUAGCCAUCCAACAGUAUGGAAAUUCAUUUCAUCCUUGAAAGACGAACAAGCUUUAAAUGAAGGAAAAAUAGAACAGUAUGUUGCUGGUGCCAAUCCGCCUCCAAGCAAAAAGAAAAGGUUAAGGAUAGAAAAGUCCUCAAACUACGUAUUUAUAAUCUACAACAUUCAUGGGGUGUGUAAGAUCGACACUUCGACCUACGGUCUAUACACAGUCUUUGAGUAUCGAACCAAUAGCAUUCGAACUGUCUCAUCGCGCAAUAACAUCGCGAGACAUGGCACGCCUAGCGACUGA